AUGAAGCUCGGUCUCAUUCUAGCCUUAUCGGCUGCCGUCUUGGCUAAGCCGAAGAAGAAGUGUGACGAUGUAUAUGACUAUAUCGUCGUCGGAGGCGGUACAGCCGGCGUAGCCGUCGCCGCCCGCCUCAGCUCAGGCCUCCCCGACGCGCGCAUCCUCCUCCUCGAGGCCGGGCCCGCCGCCCCCGAUGAGCUCCGCAUCAACAUCCCCGGCAUGCGCGGCACCACCCUCGGCACCGUGUACGACUGGAACUUCACCUCCGUGGCCCAGCCCUCCGUCAACAACCGCGUGUUCAGCUACAACCGCGGUCGCGUUCUCGGCGGGUCUUCGGCUCUCAACUUGAUGUCGUACGACCGCGCCGCUGCCGCUGAGUAUGACGCGUGGGAGGAGCUGGGAAAUCCCGGGUGGAACUGGGACUCGAUGAUUGAGGCGAUGAAGAAGUCGGAGACGUUUACGGGAAAGAACACGGAGACGUAUGGUAGCGAGGGCGUGGGAGACAGCGGGCCCGUGCAGGCCGUUGUGAACAGAUUCGUGCCCGUGCAGCAGGACACGUUCAUCCCAACUCUCAAUGGCCUGGGCGUGUCGUCCAACCUCGAGUCGUUGGGCGGCGAUCCUCUCGGCGUCAUGUUCCAGCCUAGCAGCAUCGACCCGGUCCCCUGGAACAGGUCAUACUCUGCCAACGCCUACCUGCCCAUCGCGGGGUCCAACCUCCACGUCGUCACCGACACCACCGUCGCCAAGGUCAACCUCGCCAAGUCCGGAAAGAAGCAGCGCGCCACGGGCGUCACGCUCCUCGACGGCACCGUCGUCCGCGCCAACAAGGAGGUCAUCCUCUCGGCCGGCUCCGUCCAGUCCCCCGUGCUCCUCGAACUUUCUGGUAUCGGUUCCUCUAAGGUCCUAAAGGCCGCCAAGAUUAAGCAGCUCGUUGACCUCCCCGGUGUGGGAGAGAACCUCCAGGAUCACCUGCGCAUCCAGACCUCGUACCAGCUCAAGCCGGGAUACAUCUCCUUUGAUAACUUCCGCGCCAAUUCUUCCUACGCCGCUGAGCACCUUGCGCUGUGGCUCGCCGGUCAACGCUCCCACUACAUGUACACGGGUUCCGGCUACGCCUUUAUGAACUGGGACCAGGUCCUCGCUGACAACGGCACCGAUAUCCGUGCCCGCGCUCAGGCUGCCGCCGCUGCUGACCCGCAUCCCGUCACGCAGAAGAAGAUUGAUUUCCUCUCCGACUCCACCAUCCCCCAGCUCGAGCUCAUCUUCUCCGACGGCUACACCGGCGUCAAGGGAUACCCCGCCGCCACCUCUCCCCUCUUCGGCCAGCAAUUCUUCACCCUCAUCGCGGGCCUCAUGCACCCCCUCGCCCGCGGCAGCAUCCACAUCAACACCGCCAACCCCAGCGCCACUGCUAACCCCGUCAUCAAUCCCAACUUCUUCAACAACCCCCACGAUCUCCAGGCCAUCGUCGAGGCCGUCAAGUACUGCCGUCGCGCUGCCACUACUGAGCCCAUGGCUUCCCUUUGGGAUAACGAGUAUGAGCCCGGCUUCGAUGUCGUCGAUGGCUCCGAUGAGCAGUGGAAGGCUUUUGCGCUCAGCACCGCCCUUAGCAUCUUCCACCCCGUCGGCACUUGCUCAAUGCUUCCCAAGGCUGACGGCGGUGUUGUUGAUCCUAAGCUCAAGGUUUACGGCACCGAUAACCUGAGGGUUGUCGAUGCUAGUGUUAUUCCUCUGCUUAUUUCCGCUCAUAUCCAGACUGCCAUUUAUGGUAUUGCGGAGAUUGCUGCCGAUAUCAUCAUUGACGAGGCAUAA